ACCGCUACUAGGAAGUGAGUGAGAAGUUCGCAUAAAGCAGAAAGUAAAGUGAAGUUGUAAGGAUACAAAAUGAGGACCGUUCACACGACCGCGUUUUUGUGUCCUUUUGCGCUAUUUUACUUUGUUUUUCUAAGUAAACAUGUGCUUUGACCGUUGCGCCACCUCUAGCUGUUUUGUUUUCAACGUCUCGCCCAGGGACGUCGCCGUGUCUAGACACCUGCGUCUAGGUUUCUUUAAUCGCAAGAACGCGUUUUGUCUGAAGGGCACUUGAACGUGUUUGAAUUGUUAAAAACGCGCCUCACAACACGUGCGUUCAGUUGUAUUCGUUGGAUUGCGUCUAGCUUUCUUUUUCUUGUGUGUUUUUUUUUUUAACCCAAAAACGCGUUCGGACUGAACGGCGGCUCCUUGCGGUUGAAAUGCUACAAAAUACUAGUGCAAUUAACAUUACAUCGUUUGUUAAAUGAGACAAUGGCCGUGAUUCAGCUCCCGGAGGAGAUUUGGAUGCACGUGUUUGGCUUUCUCUCCAAUCGAGACAAAUUGAGUGUUCGUUCAAGCUGCAAAUCCUUUAAGAGACUGAUCGACCAUUGGUCCUUAUGGAAAAACAAUGUUGUUGUCCUUAAAAAGAUCGGAGCGUACAAUGCGCAUUUCUGGAGAACACUUGGUAAAAGGAAAACGAAGUCCAUUGUGAUACAGAAGGCAACUGUAAACGAGUUGCAGAAACUUGUAACUUGGCUGCCAUGGAUCUGUUCAGUUACUCUGGUUCUGUGUUGUGAUGCCACUGCCCUGACGAAACUGGGUACUUUAAAAAACCUCAGAAGGCUUGUUAUCCGCCAAUGUCGCUGCCCGAGACUCGCCAGCUCGCUUUUAUCUUUGAAACCGCUGACUCAUCUCUGCUUGUGUGAGGUCGAGCGAGCCUCGGUAUCGGAGAUUAGUGGUGCCAUUUCACAACUUGUCAAUCUGACCACACUAUACUACCACGAAGAUAAAAAUCCCAUCCCUAAAACUGUUCUUCAUGGCAUGUUGAGGUGUCUGCCUAAUUUAAAACACCUUUCCUUAAGAAUGGGACCAAAGUAUGGGAUUCUACCUGAUGACUAUUUUUGUCUCAGCAAAGAACGCCAUAGUCAGGAAAUGGGUGCUGAGGUUGGCCUGACCAGUCUGGAGCUGCUGAACUAUGAAGACCCUUGCCUCUCCACUGCUGCCUUUUGUGGGCUAUCCUCCUUGACAAAACUGACUGUGCACUAUAAAGGGUGGCUUGUAGAUCCAAACCUUUGCUGCCUUACAGAUUGGCUUCUAGAGCUCCCUUUGCUCUCAGAGCUCAAUAUUUCUUUAGGGUACCCACUCAGCGUCUAUGCUAAAACAAUACCCAGGAGAGUGCAAAGUUUGUCUCUCAUGGGAGUGAAGGCUGAGUUGAAUGCAGUCCGGAUCAUGGGGGAGCAGGUGCCAGAUCUUCUGCACCUUCACUUGGACUUGUGUUGUCAUGACAGCUGUGAUAUAAUAAAAGAAAUGCCACAGAUUUUCCCCAAGCUGCAGACCCUAAAAGUGAGGCACCAAGAUGUUCCAGCGUCGUUGUUUCUUGGGCUUCAGGACCUACCCCGACUUAAGCAGUUAGUGAUUUUGGAUGCAACUCAAAGUCCUAGUCCUACUGUCCUAAAUCUGACUCAAGAGCUUCAUGUCCAAACAAACAACAGAAUCCAUGUGCUUCAUUCCUUAGGACCAAAGGACCAAACCACUUGCACUUGUGGUUUUUGACAAGUGUGAUUGUUUACACAUAUGUUGAACAAUGUAUUUGAUGGACCUUUGUAUUGGCAUGGGAAGUUUUACAGAAAAUUGUGCUUUACAGACAGGUUCACUUUAAUGUGGUUUGUACACAAGAUGAAAAUGGGAAGUUAUUGCAGGGUUCGUAAAAGGUGCUUAAAGUACUUGAAUUUGGCUUUUUCAAAUUUAAGUCCUGGAAAACCCUUGAAAAUAGCCAUUUUUACUAAGAGGUGCUUAAAAAGGUCUUGGAUUAUAGAAAAUCAUAAAAUACGUUGCUUAAUUUAAUAAAUGAAUUUUCAGUCAGCUGUCACGUGGCAACUGUUACUUUUGGCAGCGCUGUUCAGAAUGGGCCAAUCACAAUCAGUUGUUACUGGAAGAUUAAAAAAAAAAAUUGAUACAAGUAUAAAUCCUUGCAACUAUCAUUUUUAGUUAAAAAAAAAUUACUCUCCAGAGUGAGAAAAUAUGCAUUUCCCUGGUAUGCCUGAUUCACUCUCUCAUAUGCAAAGUCUGAGAGGACAAGGAAACGAUUUUAUUGGUUGGGCCGAAAUGGCCCAUCCAUCCAUGGUUUCCGGAAAUGUUAGAGAUGCUGUAUAGCUCGCUGUGGGAAAUACCGCUGAGGAGGGAUCUCCUCUCUUAGGCGCAAGGCACAAUCUGGCAUCCCCAGCCCAAGCUGUGGAAUCUGCAUGUGAGGGCCCUGAAUGGAGCGUGCUAAACGCAACAGUCAUGAACACCAUUUUACAGGCCAUAGCACCAUCCACGAGACUCCUCUACAUGCUAAAAUGAAAUGUGUUCACUGAUUGGUAUCUCUCACAUGGCAAAGACCCAAUAAGCUGCCCCAUACAUGAAAUUCUCAUAUUUCUUCAAGAGUGAUUAGACACAGGACUCACUCCGUCAAAACUCAAAGUGUAUGUGGUGACUCUAUCUGCGUAUCACGCACAUGAAGCCGGCGCCACUAUAGGCAAGCAUGAUUUAAUCAUAAAGUUACUUAAAGGAGCAAGACGAUUAAAUCCACCUGAUGAGUCGCAGGGUAAGACUUGUCCAAUUGGUGUUAAAGCACACUCAACUAGAAGCAUGGCCUCCUCAUGGGCAUGAACAUAUGGUGUGUCAUUGCAAGACAUGUUUUGCAGCAGGAUGCUCUUCUCAGAACACAGCCUACAUGUAAUAUCUCUCUCUCCACAAGUCCUCUCUGUUUCGAGCGCUUGCUAUUUCAUUGGCCAAAUAUAUGUACUUAUGCUCCUCCCUUUAAGGAUGAGCUCCAAAUCUUUUUACACAACUAUACAAUAGUUCCUGGCCCAACACGUGGGUCACUCAUUGCGGCAUACUCAUGUCGGUCGCCGUCCCACGAGACUGCGGCGUCAUGCGUCCUUACUGGGAGGUUAUGUCAUGUAGUGCGGCGUGAUGGGAUUCUGUUCCCCAUAAACGCAUGGUCAAGUGUACUGAGUCGUAAGGGAACAUCUCGAUUAUGUACAUAACCUUGGUUCCCUGAGACGAAGGGAACGAGACACUGUGAACGCUAGCUGCACUACAAGAAUCAGAGUUCUUGAGGUACGAGCGAUGCGCUCCUUGUUCUCAGUCAGAAAUUCUGAGAAAGUGGUGUUUGUGCACCUGCUUUUAUAGAGAACAGCUUCGCACCAAAACAGGCGGGGCUCAAACACCAUAGCCAAUAUUAGAAUAUUUGUGUUAUUGUAGAGAGGUUUCAACAAGGCCGUGUAAGAAGGCACUCCCCAUAUGCAUUAAUCAACGCAAUGUCUUGUUCCCUUCAUCUCAGGGAACCGAGGUUACGUACGUAACCGAGACAUUAAAGAUGCUCAUUGAGAUAUGUUGUACUUGUAAUAGGUGGUUUUAUAAAAAUAAAUUAACUGAAUUAAUCAUAUUUUUUUAUUUAAAAUGAACAAAGAAUUAGUUUGAAUGACAUCUCGAGCAUAGUCCUUGAAAACAUAAAAAUGUGCUUGAAAAGUCCUUGAAUUUAACUUUGGAGCAUCUGUACGAACUCUGUUAUUGGAAACAACAGACAGUUUACAUUUUAUAAGCAUAAAUAUAUGAACUUCAUUUAAAAAUGUUAUGUAAAGAGCUUAAGGUGAGAAACAUGAUUGUGAUGCGAUGCUAAAUCCACAUAUGAACAUUUUAUUUUUACUCUUUGUCUAUGAUUUUCUGUGCCAUCAUCAGUAUUCACUUGAUGCAAUAUUUAAAAAAUAAAUUCUCUAUAAUGAUAACAGCAAAAUGUCAUCUUCAGAGGACCAAAUCAUGUACUUCCCAGCUUUAAAAUCCAUACACCUCCACUAGGUGGUAGUCUAUUUGCACUUGAGUAUAAUAAAUCAAUAAAUGCAUUCAA